AUGGCGGGAUUCUCCUCCGCUGCGGUAACCACGAGUUGUGAUGACAUCACUCACCGAAUUGUUUCCACGUCCGCUGAGCUCGACAGUCUGUUGAAGGCCAUCGAUCCUGGGAGCACAGCAGCGCAACACUUGAUUUCGGUUUCGGCAAAACUCGAUCAGUUUAGAGACACGACUGAGCAGCUCAGAAGGUCGCUCAAUGACUCCUCAGCCAUAUCGCCCGGUCUGCGAAAUGCUCUGGCUAUCGCUAUUCAGCCUUGCGCAGAUGCCGCGGCAGUCUUAGACAAGCAGAUACAUAGACUCGACCCAGCAAACGUGACGAGCCUCAACUCCGAUGUGAUUCUGCAGUACGAGACCUAUCAUUUGACGAAUACUCGCUUGUUCGCACAAUUUGUCUCCGUAGCGCAUAUGUCAACUGUCGCUCAGCAGGAUGCAAGACUCUCGUCUCCUGACGGGCAUGGAAUGUUAGAAUCGGCAGUAGAGGCGUCUCAAAUUGUUCUAACCCGUAGUGACAUUCUGGGACCCUCAGACGAAGCUGGCCAAUCUGCCAUAGAUAUCGCAGCCUUCGCCGAAGAAUUUGGGGACGUUCAAGCCGAGGAGCCACCCCCAGACUACACGUCUGGUAAAGCCAACAAGGGGAAAAGCAAGGCAUCCGGCCAAUUCUUCUCCUCAAUCUCAAGCUCUUUCAAAGCGAUGACCGCUGGCCUACGCGCCAAACCAGAACCCAUGGUCAUCGCCAUGUGCCAGGCCGCCAAAAGCGGCGACGUGGGACACCUCAAAGGCUUCGUCUCGGAAGGAGUCAAUGUUAACGGCCAGAACGAAGAAGGAUACACGCCGCUCAUUUGUGCCAUCAGAGCCAAUCAGAGACCAGCUGUCGAAUUUCUCGUCAAAAAUGGAGCUGAUCGAUCAACCAAAGACUCUUGCAGUGGCAAGAAGAAGCCCCCAUUAUUUCAUGCUGCCGAAUGCGGCUUUGUGCCAAUCGCAGAAUAUCUCAUCAAUCAUGGUUUCGAGAUGAAAGAGCGUUCGUGGUCUGGACAGCCGUACUUCAUCGAGGUGGCAAACAGCGGCCAGCUGGAUAUCAUCAGACUCUUCUUGCGACGAGGCUGCGACGCCAACACAGCUGCUAUUAGUGGCCGGACCAUCUUUAUUCAUGCCAUACUCAGCGGUAGCCUCCCACACAUAAAGCUCCUGAAAGAAUAUGGUGCCGACGUCAAUGCUAGAGAUAUCAGCGGGCAGCCUGCACUACAUAUGGCUUUAGGCCAGAACCGGAUGGACAUUGUCACGUUCUUACUAGAGCAUGGCGCGGACCCAAACACCAUGGACCUCACAGGCAGUACGAUGAUUAUUUCCGCCCUUCACAAAAAGAAGUAUGAUCUAGUCAAGACUUUGCUAUCCCGAGGCGCCGAUCCGAAUGCCACAGGGUUGAUGGGCAAAGGUAUAUUAUGGACCUUGCUGCAAAACAAAGAUAUGGAGGAAGGAAUCAAGAUUGAGCUCAUCAAAUCGCUUCUGGCACGAGGGGCCAACCCAAAUCAAGUCGAUAAUUGGGGAGAAUCCAUUAUGAGCAUGGUUAUCACUCUCGGCAACACCGAUCUUCUGCGCAUGUUCCUUGCUCACGGCGGCAAUCCAAACAAGAAAGUCAAGGAUACAACAUUUCUACUCUACGCCAUUGAUCAGAAUAGACAAGAGGACGUAAAAGUUCUUCUCCUACACGGAGCGAACCCGAACGAAGCAGAUACCAAGGGCAGAACCCCCUUGCUCGAAGCGCUUCAGUCAGAAAACCACGCAAUUCUACAAGCAGUCCUUGCCCACGGCGCAGAUGUCAACAAGAUGGGUCAGAUCAAGCCGUUGGCGUUGGCAAGAUUACUUCAGAACCCGGAGACCAUCAAGUCGUUGACGGACCGCGGUGCUCAAGCCCCAGAGCGGCCGGCGGCGGCGAGAGCACCGCCAACGCCUGUCAGUCCGAGGCGGCCAGUUUCGUCGUCUACUACCCAGAUUCGACCAGUUGAAAGUGAAACGGAUAUGCCACCGCCCUACGUUGAGACCGGUGGUUUGGAGGAAGCUGGGGCGUCAAGCCCACCAAGCAGCGCCAGGAGACUUGUACAAGCCGGCUCUCUCAGCUUGCAAAAAUCAACGUAA